UUCUACGAAUGUUGGAGGGAAAGGCCCGACGUCGGUCCGUGAAGCCUAUGAAGAUGUUGUGGCAGCAGCAGCGGAUCUGAUUCGUAUUCUAGCUAGCAUUGUUUCCUACGUAGCAGAUUCGAUACGGCAUAACAUGUUUGUACACAAUGCAGAGUACGUCUUCUUGUUGGAGCUGCACAAAAAUUGGGAUAGCAGUAGUCCUUGUGAAGCGCCUACUUGUCGAGUAGAGCAAGAUGAUGAAGACCGAGACGAUGAACGCGAACAGAGCGCUUCUACCUCCCUCUUCCAACCAUCGCACUUGAAUCCUGAGUCCGACUUUCCGUGGCACAUUGUUUUUGCCAGAGGUCGCUACUAUUUGCUUGAUUUUACCGCACGCUUCUGGGAGUACCAUUUGUCUUGUGCGAUGGGCGCCCAAUGGAUGAAAGAAAAUCCGAUGCGCAUCGUUAACGCCUUAGUGAUGAAACCAGAGUGGCAUCGGAAAAUUGUGGGCAAUUUGCACGCGGGAAGUGGAGAAUUGAAUAAGGAAUUCCCUGUCAAAAAGUUAAGCAGUAACUGGCGGAAAUGGGAAAAGGAGAGGAAAAAGAGGUGGCAAAGUGCAAAAAGUGGCACCAACGCAACUGGCUGGACCAACCCAAAUAGCGCAAAAAACUGGAAAUGGGACUAUGAUGAGAAAAAAUGGGUUUGGCUCGGGCAAAACAAGGAGAGGACCAGCAUCACUGGAACCUCUACUGAUCCCGAGACAGCCACAGCACAAGCUGAUGAUGAUGAAGCAGAUAAAAAAGACAGCAAAACGGAUAAUACGGAUUACUCACGCUACUACGCCGACUGCAACAAUCCUGACGCUUUUGUGCCGAGCAAAGAAAGCAUCACGAAAAAAGGCCAUGAGAUAGUCGGUCUAAAGUUUCAUAUCUACGAACCGAGUAGAACCAGAAGUGCAGGUAUCUAUACCUCUUCAUCGAGGAGAUCUUUUUCGAAUAUUUCCUUGAAAAACUCCGGAGAAAUCUUCAAGCGACGACUCGGACACUUGCACCCGCAGUUAGGCGAAGACUGCAAAAUACAGUCAUUCAGAAGUACUCAUGGGCUUUUACGAACUAUUGAGAGGGAUGCGAAGGGUUCGUCUUUGUGAAUGAAAAACGUAAACAACAAUGAACUCAAAUUCGAAAACCAGCAUAGAAAUAGUAAGCAGUAGUUUGAGACGUUUCCCUACUCAUUCGUCAGACAGUUCCCAUUCCAUGACGUUGAUCUAGUACUUUUUAGUGACAUUAUUUUUUGAAAGUUACGAUUUGAGUGCCCAGGAGUUUCGAUUGAGGACUGAUAUCGAGUAGGACGCGAAGAUUCAUUGGUUUGAUCCUGCACUCUACAAAAUACAAGUGACGACUUUCAAUUUUUUGCAUUGGCGCUGAAGAGGUCGCACAAGCUUCCUGACACCCCCAUUUACCUUACCAUGGAGACGGUCAGCGAAAACGCCAACGGAUGCGAAUACUGUAGGAAAAUGAAAGUGG